AAUUUUUUACAAAUUGAAAAACUGAAGCGGAAGAUCAUAAUUAAAUGAAAGGUAAAAAGAUUCAGUGUAUCUAUAAGUAUAGAAAGUCGUAUCUUAUAUUUGAUUUAGAAUUGGUCACCUCAUGUGAAGAUAGUGUAGUGUGCGUAUCCUGUUAUGCUGAGAUUACUGUUUUGAAGAUUAUUGAGAACAUAACCUAAAAAGUACCAUUUGAUGAGUAUAAUUACGUUUGGAUUUUCGUUUUAUCGCAAAAAAAUGAAAUGAAUAUAAUUUUGUGAAUAGUCUCAUCAAACAUGUGAUUGAACAAAUAAUUGAUAAAGUAUCAAACAGCACCUUUUCAACUCUAUAAAAACAUAACCAAAUGACAGCUUUCAAGCAAUUACAGACGGGCUACCUCAAUAAAUAUACUAUCAUAAUUGAUUUCUGUUUAUCUUCAUACUUUUAUUUAAAUUGCAUUUAUCUAUGUAUUUAAAAGGAGUAAAAAGAAAAUCAUACCAGAAUAUGAAUAAUAAUUACAAUUAAUUGUAAUGAAGGAGCAUGAUUUUCCCAGUAUAUUUUUAUUAAACUGGACACAACAAUUACACAUGUCACUCAAUUGUGUAAAUAUCACUUAGAUAACAUAUAUAGAAUAUCUUGAAAAGUAUCUCUUAUAAAAUUGUGGGAAUGGGUAAUUGUUUGUGUAAAGAUACACCAGAAGAUCUUGAUGUAUAUAGUGGGCAAAAUCAUGCAGAGAUUGAAAAUACUGUAUUACCAGAAUCAAGUGUAGGCACAGCUGCAUCUGGUGAUGUAACUUCUACCCCUUUCAAAUUUCCAACUUCAGCCAACAUUGAUAAAUUAGUUCUUGAAUCUCUUGGAGUUAUUGGUUCUCUUGUUGAUAAUGAGCAAGAGCCACCACCAGCAAUGUUAAAAUUACAUGCAAUUGCUGAUAAAGAAGAUGGGUGGAUACAAGUUGUCAGUUCUAUGGUUAAUGUUAUUCCUAUGCAUAACCCAUUAGGUCCUUCAGUUAUUACUCUUUUAUUGGAUGAUUGUCCACUACCUUCAAAGGAAUCAGUUCUACGAUUGUCCCAUAUGUUUCAAUUAUCCCAAAAACUUGGAAGUGUACAAACUAGUGCAACUCAACAGCGUAACAUUUGUGUGGUAUUGGGUUGUAUAGCAGAGAAACUAGCUGGUCCAAGUAGUAUUGCUGUACUAUCUGAGGCAACUUUGGAUUAUCUUAUUUCAAACCUUAGGGAAGAUAUUGAUCCUUAUGUCGUACUAUAUUCACUGAUAGCUUUGGAAAAAUUUGCACAGACAAGUGAAAAUAAAGUAACUAUUAAAAAACGUCUGAUGGCAGAAAAGCCAAAUCCACUAUUAGAACUGGAAAAAUGGGCAACAGAAACUCACUAUGUGCGUAGACAAGUAGGUUUCUGUGCACAAUGGUGUUUAGAUAACUUAUUUUUAAUGGAAGGUAGGAAAUAUUCUCACGAUUCAGUUGAUAUGACUGGUAUUAAUGUUAUGUUAAACACAAAAGAUGUAAGUGAGUACCUGAAAAUAUCACCUAAUGGUUUAGAGGCCCGGUGCGACGCAUAUUCAUUUGAAAGUGUACGGUGUACGUUUCAAGUAGAUUCAGGAAUUUGGUAUUAUGAAGCACUUGUCAUAACUACAGGUGUAAUGCAAAUUGGUUGGGCAACAAAGAACAGCACGUUCUUAAAUCAUGAAGGAUAUGGUAUAGGAGAUGAUGAAUAUUCUUUAGCUUAUGAUGGUUGUCGUAGACUAAUCUGGUACAAUGCAAAAAGCGAAAAAUAUCACGAAAGACCAUGUUGGAAGGCUGGAGAUAUUUUGGGUUGUUUAUUAGAUUUAAACAAAUUAGAAAUAAUAUUCUCCAUAAAUGGUGUACCACUUAAACCUUGUGUACAAGUUUUUAAAACUGUGAGGGCAGGAUUUUUUGCAGCGGCGAGUUUCAUGUCAUUCCAACAAUGCCUUUUCAACUUUGGAAAUGUACCUUUCAAAUAUCCCCCUACUGAUCGCGAAUAUAAGAAGUUUAAUGAUUUUGCUUCGUUGAAGCCUGAAGAUAAGGUUGUGCUUCCUAGACACAUAUAUUUAGAUCAACUGAGAAAGCUUAGUGUUAGAGAGGAUUCGUGUACAUUGUGUUUUGACCAAAGAGCUUCAGUGAGAUUGUUACCGUGCAAUCAUAGAGGAUUUUGCCCGACGUGUUCGUAUCAGUUGGUAGAGUGUCCGAUGUGCAGGGCUACAAUUGAAGAAGUAGCUCUUGAUAACACAUGACACCACACAAGUACACCAUCAUUUUUUAAUACUCUUCCACUACCCUACUUAUAUUACACAACUCUCAGGAACUGUCGCGAGAUAAUCACAAUUGUACAAUAUCAUGCGUAUCACAUGUGGGAUAUAAUUAUAUUAUUCUGUGCAUUUGUUUUCUUAGAAUACAGUAUUUUCAGUCGAGAGAACUAUGAAUCAAUUACAGAAAACAAAGUCACAUUUAUAUGUGUCAUGCUUCUAAUAUGUACCAUUCUAAAUAUUGCUUUGAAAUAUGUAGAUGUGAUAUACGAAUUAUCAUAUUCGAAAUUCACUUUACAGAAAAAUAUCAUUUUACGUUCAUCGGCUGUGCGAAUUAUUUUUUCUAGGUUCCGCCUAGAAACAAUUUGCAUUUAAUUAGAUAUUUAAAAUAAAAUAGCAAAAUUAAAAUAUUUUUUUUAUAUAGUAGACAUUAAAACGAAGAAUAAUGUUUACAGUUUACACUUAAAUUGCUAUCACUGUAUGUUGUACAUUUCCAAUUUAAUAUUUGUGACUGGUUCACGAAUAUAUAAAACUAUUUUGUCCACGAAUUUGAAAUUCUUCUCUCUUAACUUAUGAAAGUCUGCAGUUACCUGUGCUUGUCAGUAUUGGCAAGGAAGUAACUGAAUUUGUGCUAUAAUAUAAGGUUGAUUUUAAGGGGAUUGUAAAAUAACGAUAUCAUGUAGUGUAUACAAAAGAAAAAGGUGCAUAUAUAAGCUCAUAUUAUAUGUUACAUGUAUAAUUUUGCUAAACUUUUCUAUGAACUACCGAUUUUCAUUCGCAACCUUUCCUAUUACUUAAGGUACCAAUCUAUGUAUUAAAUAUAUAACUUACAUCGUA